AUGGGACAGACCGACCAACACUACACGGGUGUGUCCACUUGGCACGACCCCCGUGUGCCCCGAGAACUCAUACAACAGGGCAUUAAUUUAGACCAACUCAUAGGGCCAAUGCUCAAUGGCUGGGAAGUGCGACAAACCCAAUCGGGUCGUCAAUACUAUGUCGACCACAACAAUAGGACGACUCAAUUCACUGAUCCUAGACUUCAAAUGGCAUCACAACAGCAAACCAACCGCAGGAAUGGCUCCAUGAAGAUCAGACUCACGAUAUUGUGCGCUAAAAAUCUGGUCAAACGAGACUUUUUCAGUCUUCCGGACCCGUUCUGUAAGAUAUGUGUUGACGGGUCGGGUCAGUGCCACUCAACCGAUGCCUCGAAGGACACACUCAGUCCCAAGUGGAACAAACACUACGAUCUAUAUGUCGGUAAAUCAGAUUCAGUGACAAUAAGUAUAUGGAAUCAGAAGAAAGUCCACAAGAAGGCCGGCGCCGGCUUUUUGGGUUGCGUUAAGAUUAUGCCAAACGCUAUUCAAAGCCUUAAGGAUACCGGAUAUCAAAGGCUAGAUUUGCACAAAUUUCGCGAAGAAGACCAGGACUUAGUGAGGGGUCAGUUAGUAAUCAGUUUGUUAUCGCGCGACGGGAGCCGUACGGGUGGCGGUCGGCUCCAGAAUGUAGUCAUAUCUGAUUCGUCGGGCAAUUCGAGCUCUAAUUCAAAUUCUCAGAACUGUAUUCUCAAUAAUAACGACGAUUUGCCCGACGGCUGGACAGAGUGUCGGACGUCAUCGGGUCGAGUGUAUUACGUGAACCACGAGGCGAGGGCUACGCAAUGGGACAGACCGACCAACACUACGUUAGUUCACUCCCGUCGACACAAUCACAACACAAACACUGAACAAAACGCGGCGAAUAACAGUUCAAACGUGGCGUCGGGCGCCCCCAGCGGUAGCGAUGCGCCGGUUGUGAGACCAUAUCAGCGGCGGUCGACUCGACACCGCAACUAUUUGGCUCGCAAUCACUUACACGAAGCCGUAUUGAGUGCCACAAACUCUCAUCAAAAUCGAUCACAAACUCAAACAACAACAACAACUCAAUCAGAAUUGCGUACAAAUGCUAACACAGACGCGACGGUCAGUGAUUUGCCCGAAGGUUACGAAAUGCGACAAACGUCUCAAGGUCAGGUGUACUUCUACCACGUGGAGACGGGUGUGUCCACUUGGCACGACCCCCGUGUGCCCCGAGAACUCAUACAACAGGGCAUUAAUUUAGACCAACUCAUAGGGCCAAUGCUCAAUGGCUGGGAAGUGCGACAAACCCAAUCGGGUCGUCAAUACUAUGUCGACCACAACAAUAGGACGACUCAAUUCACUGAUCCUAGACUUGUGGCCAACUCUUUGAUGCUUCAAAACCUUCUGAACAUUCGCUCGACUCGAAGUAAUGGAGUUAACGACGAAAACAAGAAAAUUAGUCAAAGUCUGAGCAAUAAUAAUAUCAAUGAAUUCUUGAGCAGUUCUCAAAUACAACGACGAAAUCUCGUACAGAAGAUGAGUGCCUUAAGACAAGAGCUGCAGACAUUUCAGCCCCAAUCGGGUCACUGCCGUCUUGAGGUCUCGAGACAAGACAUCUUCGAGGAGUCGUAUAGAGCUAUACUCAAAAUGAGACCAAAAGAUCUGCGCAAACGUCUGAUGAUUAAGUUUAGGGGAGAAGAAGGACUCGAUUACGGAGGCAUUGCUCGCGAAUGGCUUUACUUAUUGUCACACGAAAUGCUUAAUCCAUAUUACGGACUCUUUCAGUACACCAGAGAUGAUAUCUAUACCCUUCAGAUUAAUCCCGAUUCUGCUAUAAAUCCGGAGCACUUGUCUUAUUUCCAUUUUGUCGGACGUAUUAUUGGUUUAGCCGUAUUUCACGGCCAUUACAUCGACGGAGGGUUUACUCUUCCUUUUUAUAAAAUGCUUUUGAAUAAAUCGAUUACUUUAGAAGACAUCGAAUCAGUUGAUCCAGAAUUGCAUAGAAGUCUGUGUUGGAUGUUAGAUAACGACAUAACGAAUGUGUUUGAUAUGACAUUCGCUGUGAACCACGACUCGUUUGGUCAGCUCCAGGUCCACGAACUGAAGCCCAACGGACGCGAUAUUAUGGUCACCGAAGAGAAUAAGAAGGAAUACGUUCGCCUAUACGUGAACUUUCGAUUCACUAAUGGAAUUGAACAACAAUUCCAAGCCUUGCAUAAAGGAUUCUGUGAACUCUGUCCGCAACACCUCCUCAACCAAUUCGAUGAGAAAGAACUCGAACUCGUUAUCGGAGGUUUAGGAAAGAUAGAUCUCGCGGACUGGAAGUCUAACACUAGACUUAAACACUGCAACUCUGAGUCCAAUAUUGUUAAGUGGUUUUGGAGAGCCGUCGAGGAAUAUAAUGAGGAGCGAAGGGCACGACUCUUGCAGUUUGUAACCGGCAGUUCUCGCGUCCCUCUUCAAGGUUUUAAGGCACUGCAGGGGUCAACGGGAGCGGCCGGUCCGCGACACUUCACUAUACAUCUCAUAGACUCGGAUACCGUAAAUCUGCCCAAAGCUCACACGUGUUUCAAUCGCAUAGACAUCCCGUCUUACGAAUCAUACGAGAAAUUGUACGAAAAGCUGACGCAAGCGAUUGAAGAGACGUGUGGUUUCGCUGUUGAAUAACAAAAACAGCCAUUCAUUCACACGAUUCAGUGCCUAAACAAAUAUUGUUAACAAUGUGUUCAAAAUUCCUUCACUCUAACGAUUGACUACUCUUUUACGAGUUUAUGAAAACAAAAUUAUGUUUCGCUUCUUUGAAUCUGUGAUUACUAUUUGUCGGGAAAAGGAAUGCAUUUCACGUAUCGUUUGAUUUCUCGACUUUUGUUCAAAAUGUUUGUCUGAAAAAAAUAGUUUUUUAUUUACCGCUAUUUUACGGUAUUUUAUCAGAC